CUCUCUCUUUCUUCUUCUUUCUCUGAAGAUUUUUUUCGAAAAAUCCUUUUCAUGUCAAGAAUAUAUGUGUAUCACAGCGUAUCGUCUACACGUGUGUAUAAAAAUAUUUAAUGACAUACAUAUUUAUAAAUUAAAGGAAAAAUUAUGCACUAUUGAGCUGUGAUUUUAUCGAUAGUCGAAAGAAAGAUUUGUCAUUUUAGUUUGCGAAAUGGAUCGUGCGUGUAGGUAGAUGCAAUGGUGUUCAUACAAGAUUAUCCGGACUAAAAAGUGUUAGGAGAUCCUAACCAUGCAAUUCUAACCUAAUCGUAUUUCUACGUUGUUUCGUGCAAUUUCGAGGAAAAAUGGAUUCUCAGGCAAAUCAAAAGAUAACGUGGAGUUUCCUGGAGCUCACCGGACUUUUGGAAGAAGAGGAUGCUCACGUGCGCUUUGAGAGAACCACCAAGCAUCUCGCGUUACAUCCGUAUCACUUGACUAACAUUCAGCGAGGCUUGAAUCAAAUAUUAAAAUCAUCAUUAAACAGUUACGACAAAGAGUUGAAUGGAUUUGUGCUAACUUUUAAGAAUCCUAAAUUGCUUAGUAAUGUUGGGGAGCUACUCUACGACUCUCCCUUUAUUCAUGUUGAUAUAGAAGCAGACUUUUAUUUAUUUCGUCCAAUGGUUGGAUCUUAUCUGAAAGGUAUAGUGAACAAGAAAGGUUUAGACCAUAUUGUAGUGUUAGUGCAUAAAAUAUAUACUGUAUCUAUUCCAAAACCGGACGAUGUGGAGGAAUGGUUAGGAGAUUCGGUAGAGAUUGGUCAAGAAAUAAGAUGCUGUGUAAAUCACAUAAACAACAAGAGUAAGCCUCCUUUUAUUGGUGCCACCUUAAAUUCCGAUUAUAUGCAAGGCUGCAGAUUGUCAGAGAGUAUAAAUAAUAUUCAUAUGGAAAAUGUUACCGAAGACCAUGACUUGAAUGUUACUAUCAAGAUUGAGAAGACAAAUGAUGAAGUAUCAGAAGACAAUGCCAUUUCUGAUCAAGAAAGGAAGAAACAUCGGAAGAAACAUAAAAAGUCUCAUGAGAUUGAUACUUUCAAAAAUAUUAAAUAUGAAGAUAACAAUACGGAUAAUACUACUGAAAGAAAUGAUGUGAAAAGCAUUAUUAAGAUUGACAAUUCAAUCAAUGAAGAAGAUGAUACUGUCUCUGAUAAAGAGAAGAAGAAACACCGAAAGAAACAUAAGAAAUCCCGUGAGAUUGCUUCGGAAUCUUUCUGUAAGGAUCAGAUAAAAGCUGAAUCAAGCAAUAAUACAGAAAGUGAUAUUUACAGGAAUAUCAAAUGUGAAAGAAAUGAUAAUACUUUUGAUAAUACAGAUAGUAUUGUGGAAAGUAAAAAUGUAAAUAAUACUAUCAAGAUUGAUAGUUCAAUUUAUCAAGAAUUAGAAAAUAAUUCUGAAAAAGAGAAAAGAAAACAUCGAAAGAAGCAUAAGAAAUCUCAUGAAAAUGAUUUAGAAUCUAACUUUGAUAAUAAAAAUAAAAUCAAAUUGCACAAUACAGAGAGUGAUAAUUACAUAAAUGUUAAAUGUGAAGGAAAUGUUAACAAUACAAACAGUGCUACUGAAAGCUACAAUUUGAAUAAUAGCACUAUUACAAUUGAUGGUUCAAGCAAUGGAAUAUUAAAAGAUGAUGCUAUUUCUGAUCAAGAAAAAAAGAAAUAUCGAAAAAAAUAUAAAAAAUCACAUGAAAUGGAUAUAGAAUCUACCUCUGAGGAUAAGAAUGAUAUCAAAUUGAUCAAUAAUACAAAUAAACAAAAUAUUCACAGAAAUAUUAAAACUGAAAAUAAUAUUCAUGAUACAAAUACUGCUAUCGAAAAUCAUAAUCUGGAUAAAGUUAUUAAGAUUGAAAGUAAAAUAUUAGAAGAUGCUACUUCUGACAAAGAGAGGAAUAAACGCAAAAAGAAACGCAAAAAGUCUCUUGAGACUGAUACAGAGAAUGAAAUUGCAUCUGAUUACUUAGGAGAUUGCAGGAAGAAAAGAAAAAUAUCCAUAUCUUCGGAUUCAGAAUCAAAAACUCGUAUUGUAAUAAAAACUGAGAAAUUUGAUUCGGAUCUAGAAUUAAAAUCUCCUAUUAAAAUAAAAGUUGAAAAAGUCUGACAAUAAGUUGAGUAUAUAUUAUAACUUCUGAUACUAAAAAGUGCCAAUACUCGUAUGCAUACACAGUCUCUCUGGCUCUAUUGACAACAUGUAGAAUUGAUUUCUCAACUAUAUUCACUGCGAGGAAAGUAAAAAUAUAUGACAAAUAACUUUUUUAAA